AAAUAUUUAUCAGUAAUCUAGCCUCCAAGCAGACGGAUAUUCCAUUGCUGUAAAUACUUUUUAAAGGGUAUAUUUCGUUAUUUAUAAUAAUUGUCAAAGUAUCAUUAUUAUUAUUAUUAUUAGAAGGUAGUAGUAUAGUAUGGUUCACUAGAGAACUACAAGCAACUUUAUUUCCUUUAUAAAUAUUGCAUUACAACACUAUAAUGAUGGAGAAGUUUAAUAUUAAAUACACUUGUAUCAUAGCACAAUUCACUUUCCUCACAAGGGAGGAAAUCACAAGGCCCCUGGAGCUUUAUAUGUCAUAGAGGAAUGGUUCAGGAUGAAAGGUGUUGGACGAGGAGGUUGGGAUAUGGGGUGUCUAGGGUUUUAUGAGGACUUCUUGGGGUUUUGAGGACGAAGGGGAUUGUGAGAUCUGGGUGGAUAGUAAGGCUGGAUAUGAAGUAGGAAGCUUGGGCAAUAGUUACAGGGAGUUAAAGAAUAACAAAAAAAAGUCUGGUUAGUUGCAGUUUAAAUGCUGACUCCACUGGCAAAUGUGUAUAAGUUUUCACAGACAUGCCACUUUCCUUACCAAGUUUCUUCUUUACAUACUUAGAGGAUGAUGGUUAAAAAAAAAAAAUAAAUAAAUAAAUAAAAUAAAAUAAACAGCUCAGUCAUUUCCUAGAGAGCCACAUUUUCGUCAGUUAAAGCUAUUGCACAUUUUACAGAGAGAAAACCCUUAUAAUAAAGUAAGACAACAUGAUGUUUCCAGUGCAGGAGGCUUACCGCUAUCCACAGUUCAAGAAAUAUUUUGUGAAUUUCACUUAUGGCCAUUUAACUGUUUUCCUUGGCUUACAAUUGCCAUUUCUCUUUCUGAUGGAUCAAUUUUUCAUGGCUUUAUGACAUGGCUCAGAAAGGUUGAAAGUCUUGCUAAACAGUCUGUGACUCUAUGUCAGAACACCAUGUCAUAGACUAAGGUCAGAUGUAUUUAGAUAUUUCAACAUCUGCAAUGGUCUGUUUGUACAUCCUUUUUAUAAGUUUGGAUUGUUGAUAUAUCUCACAGCUCCAAGAUGAACAAUCAAUAUGUAAUUUAAUAAUUUUGUAGAACAAAAUAUUCAGAUUAGCAAACAUCACUAGCCAUCGGUGCCUGUGGGCGUCUUACAAAAGUCACUAAUUCACUGCUGUGUUAGAUAUUAUCUAAUAUUAUAUGUUAUAUGCUACUGAUUAUUUUGCGAACCUCUCGUUGAUACUUCAAGUAAAAAACUCAAGAUGUGGGCUGCCAUUUCUUUUGCCGUAAUGUUAAUUGUGAUUGGGAUUCCUCUUUGGUGGAAGACGACGGAAGUUGAAAGAGCUUUUCUGCCUUACGAUGAAAUUUACAAACUCAAACCUAGUGUCGUUAACAUUCAAAUGAAAGUAUUUAUUCAUUGUCAGUACCCAAGUAGGACUAAUGCUUUAAUUGGAGAUUUAAAGAAUAUGCUAAUGACGGAUAUUUAUGACUUGGUUUAUACACCCUUUAAAAUCAAUAAUGAAAUUGAGACUUACUUAGAUAUUGAAAAUGAUGAGAGAUUAAAUAAUGUUACAUACGGUAACAUUUUGCUGGUUGAAGUGCACCAUUUACCUCAGAGAUAUAAAGUUCUUGUUUCAAACAAACGGAUAAUAUACUUCACUCCUGAAACAAGUAAUCAUUUAAUUGUGGAAGUGAUGAGAGAUUGGCACCUGAGGGAAUCGGAUUUGAAGACGAAAAUAAAAUCAAUCAUCGUUCCACAGUCUGUACAAGAAAGUGAAAAUCUAGACAGCCUCAGGGCCGCGCUUAACUACGACAUGGUCUUUACGAUUAUAAAUUCCAACCCAGAAAAUGUCAAACUCGUUUGGGAUAUUUCUACAGAUAUAAAACGAUAUAUCAAACCAUUGCUUGAUCAAAUUUCUGCCGUGAGUUUACACUCUUUAAAAUCCCAGUGGUUGUAUUUUAUUGAUUUUGGUGUAUUACCGGAAAAAAAUAGCAAUGGUUACACACUGCCUCUUUCCCAGCUGCCUCAUAUAAUCACACCCCUUGAGAAAAAAUUAGGAUCAGGGAUAUCCAAAAACCCAUGUGUUCAUUUAAUACUGUAUACAUCAAGUUGUGACCAGUCUCCCUUGAGUUUUGUGUCCCCGACUGGAAGACUGGUCAACUCGAUGAUAUCACCCCAGUGGGGAGGUGUGCAGAUUAUUAACCCAUCUCAGAGAAACUGUAAAGAAGGAGAAGAAUUGAAAGUAGAUUCAAAGAAAAUCAUGGCAGUUUUCGUCUCACAAAUACACACAUUGCUUGGCAUUCAAGACAACAAUAAACGCAAUCCUUUGGUCGGAUUGUUCAAUUCAACUGGUGGUACUUUAAGAGAUUGGGAACUUGACAAGCUCUACAGAAUUCGAACUGUCGAACAAAUCACUUCAGCCUCUUUAACACUUCAGUCACUGUCUAAACUGCUUGGUGAAAUUAGUAACAUAGUUAUCAACGAGGAUGUCGCCAGUUCGAUAAACGAUGCUAUUAAAUAUGUCAAAUUGGCUUCUAAUUCACUUGGUAACUCGAAAUUGGAUGAAGCCCUCAACUAUUCACGUGUCGCCUACCAAGCUGCCGAGACAGCGUUUAGCGAUCCGUCGCUUUUGGCACUACUCUACUUCCCAGACGAUCAAAAGUAUGCUGUUUACAUUCCUCUAUUCCUUCCAAUAAUGAUUCCAGUUUUGAUGUCUUUGAAGAAAAUACAAAUGUGGGUAUUUUACGGAACGACCAAAGUAAAUGUGAUAAGUUAACUCUGAUUUAAAUUUUUCAAGUACAUUUUCCUUUUAUUUUUUUAUUUUAUUUUUUUUUAAAUUG